AUGCCCUGCCUUCACUCGGAAGCUUUGGAGUCUAUGGCGGCAGCGGAUGGAGAGAGUCCCCGCGCCUCUUCCAAGUCGGGGAGAGACCGGUCCCCCGGUCAAGUACCUGAAAAAGACCAACCCGUUGUGACCAGCGCUGGUUGGUUUUUCUCGCCACUGUGGAGCCCCCGAUCCAAGACGCAUCGCUGGGGUUUCGGGAAGGGGGUGGAGAGCGACCGAGUGGAGGCUUGGCUUGAUGACCAAUCUGACUUUGCAAGGUCCUAUUUACGCAGAACUUCGGAGGACAUGCUGAGUGGCAGAAUGGUGGAGAUGGCCCUGUCCUCUCAAUCCUCAAGAGAGGGUCACAAGACUCCCUGCUCUAAUCCCCAUGCCUGCAUGCUCCUCCUGGGUCGGCGCAGGGAGUCCUACCCCCUGUCCAGGCCCUCCCUGUGGAUCUCCAGUCCCUCAAGACCCACGCCACAGACCCUCACCCCCUCUGGCAGUCGUUCCCCCAGGACCCCUCACUCCCCCCACUCCUCAAGGAGGACUGGGCCCUGUGGACAAGGUGAGGGCUGUGGGUGGAUGAUGGGGCUCCUGGGCGGAGGCCUCAGCAUGGUAGGAUCCGUGACAGAUCUCUGCCGGCGUGCCCUGCUGCAUGCCGGGGAGGUGGUGACAGCUGAAUGCUGCUGGCUGUCUCUCGUGCGGACGGAUCUGGAUGGAGGAAGUGGCUUGGAGGUGGUAGUCUCCCUGCCGGUCAAGGGGUCAAGGAAGGGGGAUUCCUCAAGAAGCCAAGCCCACUUGGAGCUGGUCAAAGGCAUCAUGGGAUAUGUGGUGGCCACAGGAUUUCCAUUGAACAUCAGGGACGUUUAUGAGGACCCCAGGUUCAGUGUUCACAUGGAUCAGACACCUGCAUACAGACUGAAGAGUGUCCUGUGUGUGCCCAUCCAAAACCACAGACACAAGGUUGUAGGAGCAGCCCUGGUUAUUAACAAGAGGAGCAGUGGACAUGGACCCUGCUGUCUGUUCACUGACCUGGAUGAGAAGAUCAUGUCCAAUCAUAUGGGUUUAUUGGGGAUGGUUCUGGACAACGCCCAGCUGUAUGAGAGCGCCAGACAGGAAGCAAGGCGAAGCCAGGUCCUGAUGGACCUAGCUCAUCUGGUUUCAGAAGAGCAGCGUUCCCUGGAAGUGCUGUUGGGCAAAAUGGCCGCCAUCAUCCUGCCCUUCACACACGCUCAGUACUGCACCUUCUUCAUCACGAAGGAGGGAAGCACGGUAAAACUCGCAGAUUCCUUCUCCCAUGUGGUCGAAAUGGAAUGUGAGGAGCUGGGACCAACUUGUCAGAUCUUCAGAAGGGAGUGUGCCAUGACCGAGGUAGAUUCGGCUCCCGCCCUCAAAGUGCUGGGCUCCAUGGAGACGCUCAACAUUUAUGAUGUCACUCAGGACCCUGUGAGGACUCUUAUCUGCUGCCCAAUCAGAAACAGCAAGACGCAUGAUGUCAUCGCGGUUUGCCAGCUGAUGGCGAAGCAGAGUCGUGUGUUGGGGGAGCCAGAGGCCUUCAACGGCUACGAUGAGCGCCUCCUGGAGGAUGUGGCCGUGUACUGCAGCCUGGCUCUACAGAGAGGCCAAACUGCCUACAGCAUGGACAGACUGAGGGCCAGGCUGGAGGUCAUGAAAGAGGUUCUGUCCCACCACAUCACCCCAUCAGACGAGGAGAUCUGUGCGUUGCAGAAAGCGUCCAUCCCUUCUGCCCAAUCACUGCACAUUCUGGAGUUCAGCUUCACAGAUUUUGCCCUAUCAGACGCUGACACCAUGCAGGCCACAGUACGGAUGUUCCUAGACCUAAACCUAGUCCAGGACUUUAAUAUUGACUACAAGAAUCUGUGCCAGUGGGUGCUGAGUGUGAGGCGAUGCUACCGGACCAACGUGCCCUAUCACAACUGGAGCCACGGCCUGAGCACCGCCCAGUGUAUGUUCGCUAUGCUAAUGGCCACGGAGCAACUUCAGGCUAACUUCUCUCGUCUGGAGGUUCUAGCCCUGAUGAUAGCUACUCUGAACCAUGACCUCGACCAUAGAGGAGUGGGCAACUCCUACAUCGAGAGGAGCCAGCAGCCUAUUGCUCAGCUGUACGGCCACUCAUCUCUGGAGCACCACCACUACGCCCUCUGUCUGUUCAUCCUCAACAAUCCGGGCAGCCAGAUCUUGAGUGGUCUCUCCCAGGAGGACUACCAGGCACUGCUGGCCAUGAUCGAGGAGGCCAUCCUGGCUACUGACCUGGCCGUCUUUGUCGAGAGGAGAGCAGAGUUCUUUGCUCUGUCCAGGACAGGUGGGGUGUGUUGGGAAAACGAGAAACACAGAGACCUGCUCAGGUCCAUGUUGAUGACAGCUAGCGACAUAUGUGCCAUUGCAAAGCCCUGGCCUGUUCAGAGGAAGAUCGCAGACCUUGUUGCCAAAGAGUUUUUUGCACAAGGAGACAGAGAGAAGCACAAUUUCAAUAUUAAACCACUAGCAGUGAUGGACAGAGACAACAGCACACGGCUCCCCCACAUGCAGGUGGACUACAUUGACAGCAUCUGUCAUCCCCUCUACCAGGCUCUCUCUGGGAUAUUUACAUCCUGCUCUCCUCUGCUGGAUGGCUGCAGGCGGAACAGAGAGAACUGGCAGCACCUUACCGAGAUGGAAAAGGAAGAGGGGGAGUUAGAAUAAAGAGGAGAAAAGGGUAGCGAAGGUGAGGUAGCGGGCGAAGUAUGAAUGAAAGGAAGAGAGGUGGUAAAGGAAGGGAGGAGGAGAAGGAGUGUUUGAAGUAGGAGGAGAGGGUAGAUAAGAGAAAUAAUAAUGUUAUUUCAUCUCUCUCUCGCCUUCAGCUCAAGGCUCAGUCCACUGCCAAAUGUACCUCCC